AUGCCUUCGCGAAAACCCAGCAAGUUUGGGAACAAAUUCCGAGGAGCUGCUGCAUCCUCUGGGCCCCGACGAACGAAAACAGUCGAAUUUGGUUCCCUCCGUACCAGCGAAGCAACCUCUCAAGAUGAGAAAUUCGAGGCCAUUCGGCUGGCCAAUAGCAUCGAUGAAUCCCUUGGUUUCCCGCGUUUCGAGUCCGGCGAGACAAGGGCCGGUUGGCUCGUCAACAUGCACAGCACGACAAUACAGGACCCCAACGUGCAAGGAGGCCGCGCCGGUGUCGACUUCUAUUUCCUCCAAGAUGACGGGGGUAGUUUCAAGGCGACGGUCGAAUACGAGCCCUACUUUCUUAUUGCGGUGAAAAAGGGCCAUGAGAUGGAAGUAGAGGAAUGGUCCAAGAGAUCCUUCGAGGGUCUGAUCAAGAGCUUCAAGCGACUGGACAAGGAGGACCUGAAUCUUCCGAACCAUCUGCUCGGACACCGGAGGACCUUUAUCAGGCUAAACUUUGCCAAUGUGGGCAACUUGCUCGAAGUGCGAAGAACCCUUCUCCCCUUGGCAGAGAAGAACAAAAAGAAUGCAGGUGUGAUGGACGCAUAUGUCGAAAUGUCCAGUGCUAAUACCGGUUUCGACCUUUUUGACGACGAAAUAAUUAAUGAGCAACGACCUAAUGGCAACACGCAAGCGAGUGAUUUUAUUGUUGAUAUUCGAGAGUACGACGUUCCUUAUCAUGUCCGGGUGUGCAUUGACAAGGAUAUUCGAAUCGGAAAGUGGUAUAAUGUGCAGGCAAAGCACGGCGAGAUCUCGUUAACCUGCCUGGAAGAACGACUCCAGCGUGCCGAUCCCGUGGUACUCGCCUUCGAUAUCGAGACCACGAAACUACCCCUCAAGUUUCCCGAUGCCGUGAUCGACCAGAUCAUGAUGAUUUCGUACAUGAUUGACGGGCAAGGAUUUCUGAUCACCAACCGAGAAAUCGUCUCCGAGGAUAUCAACGAUUUUGAGUACACACCAAAACCGGAGUACAACGGACCUUUCGUGAUUUUCAACGAGCCCAACGAGAGAGGUGUCCUGGAGCGAUUUUUCGAGCACAUCAAGAUCGCCAAACCCACCGUCAUUGCUACAUACAACGGUGACUUCUUCGAUUGGCCGUUCGUGGAAGCGAGAGCGAGUGUUCAAGGAAUUGACAUGUACACGGAGAUCGGGUUCAGAAAGAACAGCGAGGACAUCUACCAGGCCGACUAUUGUGUCCACAUGGAUUGUUUUGCAUGGGUGAAUCGUGACAGUUAUCUUCCCCAAGGAAGUCGUGGCUUGAAAGCUGUGACUGUCGCGAAGCUCGGUUACGACCCCGACGAACUCGAUCCCGAACUGAUGACUCCAUAUGCGAGUGAACGACCCCAGACUCUAGCCGAGUAUUCAGUUUCCGACGCCGUUGCCACCUACUACCUGUACAUGAAAUAUGUGCACCCCUUCAUCUUCUCUCUGUGUACCAUUAUUCCUUUGAAUGCCGACGAAACAUUGCGAAAGGGAACUGGGACCCUGUGUGAGAUGCUGCUUAUGGUCCAAGCUUACCAACACGAGAUUGUCCUUCCCAAUAAGCACAAAGACCCAACCGAGGCCUUUUAUGAAGGCCAUUUGCUUGAGUCGGAGACCUAUGUGGGUGGUCACGUCGAAAGUAUUGAGGCGGGUGUUUUCCGAAGUGACAUCCCUGUCGCCUUCAAUGUCGACUCGAAAGCUAUUGACGAGCUCCUCCGGGACUUGGACCAUGCCCUCAAGUUCAGUAUUGAGGUUGAAGAGAAGAAGUCUAUGGACGACGUGGCAAACUUUGACGAAGUCAAGGGCCAGAUCGCAGAACGUUUACUUGACCUGAGGAACAACCCCGUCCGGAACGAGGUGCCUUUCAUCUAUCACUUGGACGUCGCCUCUAUGUACCCCAACAUCAUGAUCACCAAUCGAUUGCAGCCGGAUUCUUUGAUCAAAGAAUCAGACUGCGCAGCAUGCGAUUUCAACCGGCCGGGAAAGACCUGUGACAGACGAAUGCCGUGGGCCUGGCGUGGUGAAUUCUUGCCUGCAAAGCGUGACGAGUACAACAUGAUUCGGCGUGCUACUGCCAACGAACGAUUUCCCGGUAAAUACAAGAAUUCACCCAUGAGGUCAUUUGGCGAUCUCAGCGUCGAGGAACAGGCUGGAGUGGUAAAGAAACGACUACAGGAUUAUAGCAAGAAGAUUUAUCACAAAAUCCACGACAGCAAGACGAUGGAGCGAGAGGCCAUUAUUUGCCAGAGAGAAAAUCCGUUCUACGUCGAUACAGUGCGCAGCUUCCGUGAUCGACGAUAUGAUUUCAAGGGCAAGCAGAAGGUCUGGAAGAACAAGACCGACUCUUUACAGUCGUCCGGUGCUUCUGCAGCGGAGAUCGAGGAGGCCAAGAAGAUGAUUGUUUUGUACGACUCUCUUCAGCUUGCACACAAGGUCAUUCUCAACAGUUUCUACGGAUAUGUCAUGCGAAAGGGUUCGCGAUGGUACUCCAUGGAAAUGGCUGGAGUCACUUGUUUGACGGGUGCUCAUAUCAUUCAGAUGGCACGAGAGCUUGUUGAACGCAUCGGCCGACCUCUGGAGCUGGAUACCGAUGGUAUUUGGUGUAUGCUUCCCGGGACUUUCCCUGAAAACUUUUCUUUCACUCUAAAGAAUGGGAAGAAAUUGGGAAUUUCGUACCCUUGUGUCAUGCUCAAUCACCUUGUCCAUGCCAGAUACACAAAUCACCAGUACCAGGCACUCACCGACCCAUCCACGUUCAAAUACGAAACCCACAGCGAAAACUCCAUUUUCUUCGAGGUCGAUGGACCCUACCGAGCUAUGAUCCUGCCGACGUCAAAGGAAGAGGACAAAAACUUGAAGAAGCGAUACGCUGUGUUCAAUCACGACGGAUCUCUAGCAGAGCUUAAGGGUUUCGAAGUCAAGCGAAGAGGCGAGUUGAAACUUAUCAAGAUCUUCCAAACCCAGAUCUUCAAGUUCUUCUUGGAAGGCACGAACCUUGCUGAGACAUAUGCUGCCGUGGCUCGAGUUGCUGAUCGGUGGUUGAAUGUACUCUACGAACAUGGUGCAACAUUAGCCGACGAGGAACUGAUUGAUCUCAUUUCGGAGAACCGAAGUAUGUCCAAGACUUUGGAGGAAUAUGGAAAUCAAAAGUCCACAUCCAUCACAACUGCGCGACGCCUCGCAGAGUUCCUGGGCGAGCAGAUGGUUAAGGACAAGGGUCUCAACUGCAAGUACAUUAUCUCCUCGAGACCAAGGAACACUCCCGUUACCGAACGAGCUAUUCCGGUGACAAUCUUCUCUGCAGAGGAGAAUGUCAAGCGCUUCUUCCUGCGAAAAUGGCUCAAGGAAGACCCUGGAGACAUGGAUCCUCGCACAGUCAUCGACUGGGAUUAUUAUCUCGAACGUCUGGGGUCUGUGGUGCAAAAGCUCAUCACCAUCCCUGCUGCUCUCCAGAAGCUUCGAAACCCCGUCCCACGAGUUGCUCACCCUGACUGGUUGCAGCGACGCAUCAAUCAGAAGGACGACAAGUUCAAGCAAAAGAAGAUGACUGAUCUGUUUGGAAAAUCCGAGAAGGCUCCGCUUUCCUCGAUUUCUGCCAACAUCCUGGACCACCGCGUCCAACAUGUUGGUGACAUGGAUGAAGUCAUCGCAAGCUCGACCCAAAAGAUCAAUUCUCCCGAAAGCAAGGUUGCCCAGAAAAGGAAGCACCCAGAGAGUGUUCCAAAGACAUCACUCGAUCCUUUUGCUACUCUGCCGGCAAUCAUGCCAUCCAUGUCGGAGGAUUAUGAGGGUUUCCUCAAGUAUCAAAAGCAAAAAUGGAAGAUCCAGAAGCAAGCACGGAUUCGUCGUCGCCAACUCUUCGGUGAGCGGACCAAUGUCGCUACUGACUCCUUGAGCAGCUUCUUCCGCAAUCAGGCCCAGAUGCUGUACAUCAGUACUUGGCAAGUUCUUCAACUCUGUGAAACGGGCCGGCCAGGCAUUGUGCGAGCCUUUGUGCUGAUUGAUCAAAAAAUCCAUGCUCUCAAUGUUAAAGUUCCACGACAAUUCUUUGUGAACUUGAAGCGGGACUCUCUGCCCGACAUUGAUGUGCCAGACUGUGAGGUUGAGAAGGUCAACCAUACCCUACCCAAUGGACAUCCUUCAGUUCACCUUUUCCGGGUGUCGUUGACCGAAGACAAGUUCCUCGAAGAGGCGGAUAAGAUGGACGCUUUGUUCCAACAUCCCAGUAUCGAGGGUGUUUACGAGCGAAACAUUACACCCAGCAUCCGAGCAGUGCUAAAGCUGGGAAGCCACUGUACUUUCGACGAAGAGCAGCGUGGCGUGCUGGGUGACGGUUUGGACAAGGGCUUCGACCUCUCUACCUUGCUUCAUGCCUCCUCCGACCAGCCCUAUCUUAUGGAUUCGCCCCUGGCAUACCAUUACCUGUACCAUGUUGCCUCUGGAGAUCGACAGAUCUUCGCCCUUUUCUCAACCACGAAGAAGGAAGCCAAUAUCGUCAUCCUCAACCGAACGAGGGAUGUUCAAGGCCUGCCGAACGUCGACAAAAUCUACACUGAGCUGCUUACUCGCAAGAUGCAAGACACGGCGGGCGAAACAGCACAGAAUGCGUUCGAGUACCAAGACAAAAUUCAUUUUAAGACGACCCAAGUGAUGACCCGACGAAAGGCCCACCUCGAAAUCGGUGACUUGGUCAGGAAACUCCGCAGCGAGGAGACCCAGCCAGCCGUUUUGGUCAUCCAGUCUCAGCAAAAGGACCGACUAUGCCACGACAUUCCUAUUCUGAAGGAGUAUCCCACCCUAUUUGUGAAGCCCGAAGUGUCGGACAUGGACCUUCCACCCCUUGGUUGGCAGUCUUUCAUCGCAAGGCGCCUGGUCACCCACUAUCUGUAUCUUGCAGCCUGGAUCCAGCACCUGACCCUGCUCGCCCGGUAUGGAGACGUACCGCUCUGCAAUUUGGAGACAGACGAUCCUCGUUAUCUGAUUGAUAUUUCGUAUGCCAGACGGCUGCAAAAUAGCAAUGUUGUUCUCUGGUGGUCUUCGGCGCCACGACCAGACCAUGCCGGCUAUGAAAGAGACGACAUCGUCGGUUCGCUGGAGAAGGUCAACAUGCCAUCCGUGAAUUCUCCCAGUUCCUAUUCGACAGUAUGCAUCGAGCUGGAUGUCCGCAACCUUGCCAUUAAUACAAUUCUCACUUCAUCGAUUGUCAAUGAAAUGGAAGGAAAUGACAGUCUUUUGGCGCCUUCUGGAAAUGGUGCAGAUGAUACAGGGGUUCUGUACUCCGAGAAAGCAUUUGCAUCUGCCGGUGCGGUGGUCCUACGGGAGAUGGUCAAACACUGGUGGACGGAGGCGUGCGCUGGAAACAGCAUGGCUGAUAUCAUGGUUCAGCACCUGAUCCGAUGGGUAGAAUGCCCAGUUUCAUGCCUCUACGAUCGCUCCCUGCAUAAUUAUGUGCGACUGCUCUCCCGCAAGUCGUUCCAGAGGCUGAUGGCCGAGUUCAGACGGGUCGGCUCAAAUAUCAUCUUCGCCAGCCCGACUCGUCUUCUGCUCCAGACCACGAAGACCGAGGUCGGCAAUGCCUAUGCCUACAGUCAAUACGUGCUGAAGUCGAUCCGAGCCAACCCCCAGUUCCAUUUCGUCGAUCUUGAGAUCAAGGAAUACUGGGACUACCUCGUGUGGUAUGACGAGUACAACUAUGGAGGCAAGGGCUGUCGCGAAGUGGUUGAGGCCGAAAAGCAGGACCUCGAGACCGUCAUGCACUGGCAACUCAGCCGAUUCUUGCCGACGCCCAUGCAAACCAUUUUCCACGACUGGGUUGUCGAAUACAUUGAGCUGAUGCAUACGGCGAAGCGGCCAGAUCUUCAAGAUGCUGAGAUCUCUUCCACGCCCCGUUUGACCCAGAUUCCCAUUGGAAAGUCCAGUCAGGGUGAUAAUGAAGAGCUCACGGCUGUUCUCGCGGAGCGAUUCUCGAAGCCCCUAAAGAAGCAGAUCUCGGGCCUUAUUCGCCGUCAGCGUGAUGAGAUGCUCCAUCCCGAGCUCGCAUCCGACUAUGCCUUCCCCGUGCUGCCGGGUGUUCUGGUGAAUCCAAACGGAGACAAGCGCAACCCGGCACUGGAGCUGGUGAAACUGCUCAUGCAAGUUUUGAGUCUGUCCAAGACGACCACCCUCGAAUCCAGACUGCUACGUCGGGAGCUACUGGCCCUGUUCGAGGUGCGCGAAUUUAGCAAGGAGGGUCGCUUCGAGAACCCAAGCGCCAGUCUGAAACUGACGGAGCUCACCUGCAACGCCUGCUGUCUCAUCCGCGACCUGGACCUGUGCCGCGACGAAGACGUGCUUCCGGACCCGGGCGACACCAGCAAAACACCCAAGCCUUGGCGCUGUCCCUUCUGCCAGACCGAGUAUGACCGGUUGGCCCAGGAGGAGAUCCUUAUCGGCCAGGUGCACGGCCUUGUGGUUGAGUGGCAGACGCAAGACCUCAAAUGCUCCAAGUGCAGUGGUCUCAAGAUCAGCGAGUUCAUGGAACAUUGCUCCUGCAGUGGUGCCUGGGCUCCAACUGUGGACGUGAAGGAAACGGAGAAGAAACUGCGUGUGUUACAGAGUGCCGCCAAGUUCCAUAGUCUGCAGCUGCUCGAAGGGGUGGUGGAGGGCGUGCUUGCCCGCAUGUAG